CUGGUCAAAACUUGACACAAUAGUUUUAGACCAAUUCAAGUUUUGAUCUGUGCCAUCACUCAUAAACAAUGUUUAGGCCUAAUAUUCAAGAUUCAUGCAUUUCAAUAGCAUAGGACAUUUCCAUAAAUUGGGAUUACGCAGAUUUAACAUAAAAAAAACAAAUAAACUUGAUGUGAUGCACAUCAGUCAAACGUAAAUGAAACAACUGGAAUUCAUGUAAUAGUUUGAAUAAACCCACUGUGUUUGAAAUAAACAAUAACCAGAUCGUUGUGCUUAUAAUCAGUGAUUCCACUUUUCUAGCACUUUUCAUACCAAAAAAAUGCAACGCAAAGUGCCUCACAACCAAUGAAAUGCAACACACACACACACACACACACACAGAGUUGUACAGUUGUACAGAGAACCAGUCCCAAUGCAGAUGAAAUGAGAAAGUAUGAGUCAUAAAGCGGGUGAAAGCCCGUCAACGUGCAAUUUGACCUGUAUAGAUUAUAGCUCCAAAUGGACUUUUGCAUGGGUUACAUGAGUAACUGGUGUUGCUAUAGGGAUAUGGAGAGGCGUGAGGGUGGCGAGGCCUUUGAGAUAUGCAGUGAUUUAAUUGAAGUGGCCCACUGGGGCUACAUACCUUUAUGAUUUAAACAUGUUGACUUUUUUUCUGCUUUUUAAAAAUAUUUGUCCUACUUCUCAUAUAAACUUGCGGAUAAUGCUGAGACAAAACCUGUGACGCGAGUUCCACCUUCUCGUCGCCUGGAUGACAAUAAACGCAGCAAGCCUCGAACUAAUCAACACUAAUGAGCAGGUGUCACGUGACUCCUCCCCCCGCCCGCGUCAAAGAAAAGAUCGGACACUUCUAGAGCCCUUCAAAACUAACAUAAUUUGAACAUCGACCAUCCCGGCAUCAAGGAGAUGAGUCGUGCGAAACUGUGUUGGGUUUCCUUAGCUCUUGCCCUCGCGGCUCAGCACUGCUGGUGUCUCUCAGCCGCCCCGAUGAAGAAGACGCCAGAUCGGAGGCGACAGCUCGCCCUGCCGAGAGUCACCUGCGCGGUCCGAAGUAUAAAAGCUGUGUUCGGUCCAACAGUCAAAAGGAAUAUACAUGUCAGAGAUAUGUCAGGGGCCAUGGUCCCAGUGCCAGAGGACUCCUGUGGCGUGAGAGUUGGUAGAGAGAAAAACCAAAACCUCCUCUUCUACAGCAGAUAUGACAGCUGCUACGUGCAGAUCGAGGGCUACAAAGUGGUCAUACCUCUGCAGGUCCAGCUGACCGGAGAGGAUCAAUGGUUCAGCGUCAACAUCAGCUGUCCCCUGAUAAAGAGAAGCCGAGAGGAGACUCCGUCCAACCCGACACUGUUGCCUGGAGAGUGCGGCACGGACAGAGCUCUGCGAGUGGGCUGCGGCCAUCGAACCAUUUCUAGUGAUGCCUGCGACAAACUAGGAUGCUGCUACGAUGGUCAUGAUUUCACCUGCUACUACAGACUCAAUGCCUGCUCUGUGGACGGACACUUUGUGUUCUCAGUGAAGGCCACAGACACGGACCCGCCGAUCACUCCCAGCAGCCUCAUAGUCAAGGAUCAGCCACAGUGUUUCCCCGAGGUCACCACUCCAGACACGGCUGUCUUCAAGAUUGGAGUCACGGACUGUGGCGCGAAGAAGAAGGUAGAUGGAGAUGUUGUGAUCUAUGAGGUGGAAGUGGAGGAGCUGUACUCUGAAAAUAGAGCAAGACAUUCUCCAUUCAGCGUUGGGGUUUUCAGUCUCCAGGUCCAGUGUGAAUAUGCGGCGGCAGACCUGAAGCGCGCAGCAGACUUGCGGUCCCUGUAUGCGGUGACGAACCCCCCACCUGUGGUUGCACUGGGAACCAUCAGAGUGCAGAUGAGAAUAGCCACAGAUGCAUCGUUCACAUCCUUCUUUCCCGAAGAGCAGCUUCCACUAACUUUGCCCCUGCGCGAAGCUGCGUAUGUAGAAGUUUCGAUCGCCCAACCGUCCCCGGACCCCACGCUUUCCCUGCGUGUGCAGGACUGCUUUGCCUACCCCGGGUCCAGACACUCUGUGUGGAUGCUUCUCUAUGAUGGAUGCCCAAAUCCUUUGGAUAACAUGAGAAGCUCUGUCCCCGUUGACAAGCAGGGGAAGACUACCUCCCACUCCCAAGUGAGGAGGUUUGAUGUCAAGACCUUUGCCUUCUUGGACCCUCACACAGGCCAUCCAAGUGGGGAGGAAAUGUACUUCUAUUGUUGGGUGGAAAUCUGCACAGAUGAUGACGACUGUGCACAGAGCUGUGCCCUCAUUUCAUCUGAGGGUGAGAGGAGGAGGAGGAGGAGGAGAAGAGGGACCACGUCCGAGUCCGACCAGCUCCAUUUGGUGUCCUCGGGGCCGCUGCUGCUGGGUCAGAACAACACCGAAGUGGAAGAGAAUCCAUGCGUGAGACAGAACACAAUGUUCCAGGUGACGGUGUAUAUCCUCUCCGGGGUCGGCGCUGCCCUGCUGCUGGUCCUGCUGUUCACUCUGUGGUCGAGCCUCGCCAAGUGUCAGAAGACAGAAACGCAACAAGCUUGUGAUGCACGAGUUGACAUUGAACAGUGCCAGUAAAUCACUUCUCCCUUCUAUAA